UUGACGUCUCUUAAAACAUUCGGAGACACCGGUGGAGAUCAAAUCUUUGUUGGGUUACGAGCGUGCAGCAGCGUCCACCCGUGGAGUCCUGAUCUGAGCUGCUGCUGGAUUAUCACUGAUUUAUUGUGCGUGUGUGUGUGUGUGUGUGUGCGUGUGUGUGUGUCCUCACAGCGCAAAGAUGCCGCGCUCCUUUUUGGUGAAGAGCAAAAAGGCGCAUAGUUACCAUCAGCCAAGGAAUCUGGAGGAUGACUACAGCAGACUGGACACUAUUUUGGCGCACAUAUGCUCAGAGGCAGAUAAGCUCCCAGAGGACGUGGACGUGACUGUGGACAGGUACGGCCUCUCACCGGACUCCCACCUGGUUGACGCGGCUGACUUCUCCCCCAAAUCCCCCCUGAGCUGUUCCGACAGUCUGUGCGGCCGCUCCCCGGACUAUGAGGACUUCUGGAGGCCUCCGUCACCCUCUGCAUCACCGGCUGAUUCGGAGAAAUCCUUGUCCCCCCUGGUGGAUGAGACCCAGCCUUUCACCGUCCCCUUCCGGCCUUACGCGUGGAGCAGCAGCAGUAGCGGGGGUGUUGGGGGGGUCGGUGGCUCUCCUCCGGGGCCCGGCCCGGGUCUGAGGGCCCUGAUGCAGCAGAGCCUGCAUCCUAUGGAGGUGGUGGACAGGGGCCCGGCGGCCAUGGCCUUCUACGGGGACCGGAGCGCACACUCGGUGCUGUAUGCGUCGGAACGGGCUCUGGCGGAGGAGAACUACGGGGACUUCAGGAGACACCCCGCCGCCGCUCUGCUGUUUCCAGAUCCAGGUCUGCGAGUCAAAAACCACGACGUCAAGACCCAGUCCGACCUGCUCUGCUCCAGCCUCAUCCUCAAUGGGGCUUUCAAGUGCGUCAAGUGCAGUAAGGUGUUUUCCACUCCGCACGGGUUAGAGGUGCACGUGCGCAGAUCGCAUAGCGGCACCAGACCAUUUGCAUGUGAGAUUUGCGGUAAAACGUUCGGACACGCAGUCAGCUUGGAACAGCACAAAGCCGUACACUCGCAGGAGAGAAGCUUCGACUGCAAAAUAUGCGGUAAAAGUUUUAAGAGGUCCUCCACUCUGUCCACGCACCUCCUCAUCCACUCGGACACUCGGCCUUAUCCGUGUCAGUACUGCGGGAAGAGGUUCCACCAGAAGUCAGACAUGAAGAAACACACAUUUAUCCACACAGGUGAGAAGCCGCAUAAAUGCCAGGUGUGUGGAAAAGCCUUCAGCCAGAGCUCCAACCUUAUCACACACAGCAGGAAACACACCGGAUACAAACCUUUCGGCUGCGACCUGUGCGGCAAAGGUUUCCAGAGGAAGGUGGACCUGAGGAGACACAAAGAGACGCAGCAUGGACUGAAAUGAAGCUGGAAAUAAAAGGCGCUCACUGCACACAGACUACACCCAAAUAAAAGGACUCUGAAUUCUAUUAAUCGUGAGAUGAGAGAGAGAGAGAAAAUGUCCGUCAUGAGGCAUUGUCGCCUCUUUCUGAACUCGCCCUGCUUGAAAACCUGACAUGGAUCAACACUUGUUUCGAUAUUUAUAAAUCCAUUGGAAAUAUAGGAAAUAUAAUUUAAUAAUAAUAACCUCUGCCAAACGGUAGAUUUUUAAAAUGGAAGUCUAACGAAAUUUGUUUUUGCAGAGCAGACAUCCUAAACACUAAUUCAACCAAAUCCUGCAGAAAAGUCCCUAAAACCAGACAUAAGCUGUGAAAAAGCACAGACAGUAGGAUCCUUUAUCACAGUUAUAUCUCUGAUGUGAAUGGGCUUAAAGGGGGCGUUAAAUCCCAAAUAUUUGUACUGAGACAACGAAACUAACCGGAUCGACAACACAGACACCCGGAGAUGAAAAUCUGCGCUUCUCCAAAGAACAGAGGCUUUUUGUUUGCAGUUCAGAGUUCUGUUCUAAUGCUGGCAAAACAGCCUCCACACACUGUGUGAUUUAACAAACAGGGGACACUGCUGGUGUGCUGUUUUCUUCCAUUUUGCACAUUUUCUUGCCAGAAUGAACUUUUUGUCGUUUACAAAAUAAAUAUAAGAUUUUUUCCCCCUUCGGAGUAUUUUUUAUUGUCUGGAAAAAUUAAAUUAUGUAAAGAUGAAUGAAAAGAGGGGAAAUGGCAUCGAAUUAUUAUUAUUAUUAUUAUUAUUAUUAUUAUUAUUAUUAUUAUUAUUAUUAUUAUUAUUAUUGGUGAUUUAAUGUCUAAACUCUCACAGAGAAAAAAUCCUGUGGCCCAGUCUGACCUAUUUACUAUUUUUCUAAAAUACAGAGAAAACUAGAUCAGUUGUGUUGAUGGUUUUUCGUUUAUGAAUGUAAUUAAACCAAAAGGUGGAGACGUUUUCUGUCUUGCUGCCGUGAUUGGGAAUGCCCAGAGGCUGCUGUUUGUUUUGCCCACUGCAGCCAAGUGUUUCAACCUUAAACAAACUGAGCAGAUUUUACUGUUAACCAAAUGCUUUUUUACCCCCAUGGCUGUUAUUUAAAAAAAAAAAAAAAAAAAAAAAAGGAAAGAAAGAAAGAAAAACGACUUUUGGCAGAGAAGACAAUAUAUGCAGCAACUGGGAGGCACUGGGAGGGACAGGAUGGAGUGUAAAUAUUAUGCUAUA